AUGAAUAGAGGUUUUGGGGGGCGUUUAAUACGCGGAGGCUGUGGAAGGGCAAUGAAAAGCCCAUCAAAGAAAUACCGUAACAGAAAGCCCGUCCUGCAGGAACUUCCGCAUUCUCAGCUCUCCAAACGAAUCAAUGCCAUCCUAACAAUUAACAAGACCACGCUUGCUGGCCCUAUAAAGAUAUGGAUUCGGAAGAAUAACCGGAACUGCAGCGCCGAUUCGACUUUCGGCGGGCACGCACUAAUGCGCUGUGCAACGGGACCAAGCCAGAUACUUAGACUAGCCACUCCAGCCCUCAACGCGCCACGCUCCCAUUAUUCAAGUCCUGCCUGCAGUCCUGACACCGGAAAAUCCGGGGCAAGACGUAGGACCCGCUAA